AUGCGCUCCUUCUACGCUGUCGUUCCCCUUGCCCUGGCGCUGCGCGCGGCCGCUCUUUACGAAGAUUGGCACUUCGGCAACAUGUUUGCUGUUGGACCUGCGGCCAACAAUGCUCAAAUCACCAAGGCUACAUAUUCGCUUGUUCCUCCGGCGAUUCCAUGUGGUACGGUCCAGGAGAAGCAGAACGAUGCUCCCUGGCUGUCUAUCUGGGUUGGUAUCUCCGCCUCCAUGUCGGAUCAGGCUGCGGAUUUGUUCCAGCCUCUGUUGAACUGGUCGCCGGACCAGAAGUCUCAGGCAUGUCCGGCUACGGCCCAGGAGUGGUGUGUCGCCGCCAGCACUUAUCAUCUGUUCACCGUCGAUGACAAGAAGAUCACCCAGCAGGUCUCUAUUGGUGGAAAGCAGGUCUCCGAGCAAUCUGACGAUAAAUCGAUCAACCCUACGUUCCUCUACUCGAGCAACGAAUGCUACCUCGGAACCUGUGGUACGGUCGCUGGUUACAGCUGGGACAAGCUUACCAUCCAUCUCAGCCAGGCUGACCCCAACUUCGGUAACACCCUGAACCUGAUGAACGCUACGUCGAGCGGCUUCGCCACUUCCGAUCAGGGUAAGACUUGGUACGCUGAGUCGAUCAAGAUUAAUGAGGAUUAUUUCUAUUCCGAUGGAUCUCGGAAGGAGUGCUCUGUUUAG